AUUGUUAUCAGCAUGGAGUGGGUAAACUCACCGUUGUAUAAACACAAAAAAUGUACUUAAUGCCUUUAUCAGUCGUUUUUAUCUGUCACAGCCUUGAUUACACAAAGAAUGAACUAUGCUCGUAUUCCUUGUCUUCCUGUCAUACGCGAAAAUCGGCGAAGGCAUCAGGCACGCUUGCAUUUACAGGAAUUUUUAUAUAAACUGUAACAAGGCCGGGUUGACAGCGCUGCCCAAAAUUGAAACUACCGUGUCGGAAGCUGUUUUUAGUAAUAAUGGUGUGACAACGCUGACCGGUGUUUUGUAUGAUAAUGUCGAAAUUUUGGAUGUAUCAGGUAACAGAAUUAGGACAUUGAAUUGGACAUCGACAGGGCUGACGCAUUUCAAUAUUUCGAGAAACCCGCUGUGGAAGGUGACCCGCUUGGAUGCGCCAAACCUUAAAGAAAUCGACUUGUCGAGCUGCGGCCUGAGCAUGUUGAAUGAGAAUUUCUUCAAUGGAACGCCGAGCCUUGUUGAACUCCAUGUGAGCAAUAACCCGCUAAAGAAAAUCGUCGACAACAAUCUGCACAUCCUGAUCGCUAACAACUGCCGUCUAACUGGCAUUCCGUUCAUGCCACAAGUGCAUACUGUAGAAGUAUCGGGUAAUCCGUAUCUCACAUCAAUCCUCACGACGAGCUCGAUGAAAGUCAUAAAAGCUUCUAACUGCAAACUCUCGUCAAUCCAUCUUAACUCUGCCCUGAGCUAUUUGGACAUUUCUAGAAAUGAGAUAAGUGAGCUUAAAUUAAACGACAACAUCGAAGUCUUAAUCGCUUCCUGGAAUUUUUUAAGAAGUAUAGACUUAGACAAAGACACGUUGAAAACAGUUGACCUGUCAAACAACGUACUUAAUAGGAUAAGUGUAAAAUUGCCUUCCCUCGAGAGUUUGGACCUUGCGAAAAACCCAAUAAUAGAAUUGAGGGUUUUGUGCAAUUCCUGCCACCUAGACUGUUCGUUCUGCCAAGUGAAAACAUAUUCAUUUUACAGGGUGAAAUUUUUAAAUUUAUCUUAUAACAAUUUAGAAACUGUCGAACUGGGCAAUGUCGAAUCUGUUGACUUGAGACAUAAUCUUAUUAAAGAGUUUUCAAGCGACGCUGAUUUCUUUGAUUUGAGACACAACGUACUAAGAGAUGUGGAAAAAGUCAGCGUAACAGGUGUAGGGUAUGUAGGCGGGAACCCAUGGCCCUGUCAUUGUGAUACACUGAAGCGGCUCAGGCCGGCUUCGAAGGACGUAAAGCUCUGCGAGCUAGCAUGGGAUGAUUGUUACGCAAAGGUGAAGAAAAAGGGCAAUCUUCAGCCGUUCGUCAUCGGCUUCGUUGUCCUGGUCGUACUCGUCCUUCUGAUUUACAUCAUCAGAGUGAGAUUUAAAAUAAUACGAAACAGAGCUCGCGAUGAGGUGACGCAUGAAGAAAUCACGACCAUCAACAGAGCCGAUCCGGCUGACGAACUGCCCAGCUACGAGCAAGCCCUCCGCAUGGCCAAGCCGGACUGGACCUCAAGGGAAAGUUUACGCAGUAGCAGAGAUGAAAGACAAAACUGACAAUCGUCAAUUUAUUAUAUUAUAAAUAUUGCCUACACAUAAUUUUUCUACCUUAGAAAAAGAAUAAAAGAAAUGCAGCAAUAACUUCCUAAAAUCAUAUAUUGAAUUAUAUAUAUACAUACAUACGCAUUCCUUAUACAUUAUAUUAAUAUAUUUGAGUCGAAUAUAAUUCGUAUGACAUGCAUACAACUUUCUGUAGAAAUACAAUACUUAUGUACACAUUAUGAAAUACAGUUUAAUACAAAGUAUAGAACACACAUGUACAAAUGUAAACAUAAACAAAUUAAUUGUAUAAAUUAUGACUAUAUGCUCAUACUCAAAUGUGUAUGUAUGCGAGCAUAUAUUAUUUUGUUUUAUGAAUUAUAUAUUUUUCAUAAUAGUGCAUCACAUCACACACUAUUACUCAAAUAACACACACAAGUGUAUGUAUGAAUAUACAUAUAAACGUGUAUAUACUUAGACACAUGCUGUGUAUGUGUGCAGCAUCACACAUUAGCUUUACUUUACUUCCUAGCUUUUAUAUCUUUUAUAAAUAUAAUUAUCAAUUAUAAUUAUUGUUUUAAUUCACUAACUAGGCGGGUUUUUAUAUUUUCAGUCUGACAAAAAUAUUUUAUUAUUUGGCAUAGGCCUUUCUCACAUUCUGCUUCAUAUUUUCUCAGGUCUGGAUAUUCUUUAAUCCAAAGUUUAUGAUUAAAAAAAAAAAGAAGAGGAAGACUUAUAUAAUUUAAAAUUAAGUAAAAAAAAAGACAGUCUCAAAGAUGCUUUUAUUAAAUUAUAAUUAGUUAAGUAUGUACAAACUGGAAUGGAUUUUAUUAAUAAUAAAAUAAAAAAUUCACCGAUUGAA